CCUACUAGAACGACACCUUUCGAUUAAAUUAAAGAAUUGUCAAAUCUUUUUUUCUAAUCAUACAUCAGAUGUGAAAACGAUGGUGGAACAUUGAGAUGUGAUAUUAAAAUUCGAUUCUUUUUUGUUCAACGAAGGAGUUUCGAAUAAAUUAUUUUUUUAUGCGAAACGAGAUAAAUGUUUUUAGCAUGAAUAAGCAUUUCUAUAAUUUGAAAUCAUACACAUCUAAAUAGAGUAAAACUUUUUUUUAUAUCGAUCAUAUGAAUCUUGAGAAAAACCAUUCUAUCCAUUUUUUGCUACUGCGAUUCUUAAACAUUCAAUGAAUCAUAAUUCAACAUAUAAUGUGUAGAAUAUGAUUAUUCUUAAAGGAAACAAACGAACAGUAUCUCUGUGAAUUUGGCAACUAGCGACUGAGUAACAAAAUGGCAAUCGGAACGAACAUAUUUCCUGAUGAAAGAAUAUGUCUUAGUAAUAUUGUUUGAAAUGAAAACAAGAUUGGGUUUUUUUCUUUAAUUCUAUUGAUAUAGAUAAAAAAAUUAAACCAACGACCUAAAAGUUCAUUACUUUGUUGCAAAAUAUUAUGUAAAACAUUCAUUGCGUCAGUUAUCAAUGUUAGUUUCGAAAAUAGAUGAGUAUACUACUUUGUCGAACAUAAUUCAAAAUAUAGAUCAAAUGUGUGUUCUAUAUUCUAGAUCGUUUGUGAUCCGACAAAUCUUUCUUAACUACUUAAAUUCAUCUUAAAAUGAAUGAAUCCUUACUUAUCAAGUAAUGAAGUUAUGUGUGAACUUCGAUCAAAAAGUAGGCAUACUAAUGCAUGAGUUAAGUUUCAAACAAUUUCAAGAAACAUUAUCGUCAUUCGUACCAGUGUUGAUUUACGAACACUUGCAUCUAUUUUAUUACGAUUAGUAGAUAUUGUAAAAACACGAAGAAAGCUUUCACUGUAAAACUAGAAUUAUAGAAACAAAGAAAAAGAAAUUCUAUCGUACACUUUACAUUAACAUAUUCUUUUGUUAAGAUUUCUGCAUUAACAAAUAGAUCAAGUAAUUUAUCGACAGAAUAAAAUUCAUGAAGUAGUCUUAUACUAUAUGAGUAUUUGCUUGCAGAUAAACAACACAUUGACCAAUGGAUAAUGUUUUGGAUUCAACAAAAGUUAUUUUUCUACUUUUAAUUGUCGUAAAAGUAUUGCAAUAUUCAUUUGAUACUUAUAAUUUCGAUUGAAGAAGAAGAUGAAGAAGAACAGCUAAUCGACAAUAAUUCGAAACUUUAGAAAAAUGUAAUUAAAUAAACUCUAUAGAAACAAAAAUGACCUUCUCAGAUCGUUCUAUUGUAUGUAAAAAGGUUGAAAAAAACUAUAGAUUGUUCGACGGGUGUGGGUGUCUGUCUUCUUUCACCCACACUCACACCCACCCCCAAAAUUCGUAAGAAUUAACAUUUAUGAUAUAAAUAAUUGGAAAAACUUGAAGAAUAAUACAGUAGUUAUAUAUAUAAAGAAUUCCAUGAUGAAAUUAGAAUAUAUAAACUAGAACCAAUUAAAACAAUAUUUCAUUGAUGAAUCCCAAAGCGAGCAUUAUUGGCAUGAUAAUUGAGGGUGGGGUGUGGGUGUGGGAAUGUGUGGAAGAAGAUAUACACUCACACAGCAUUAUUACAAAGACAAUUCUUGGUUUAGCACAAAGAAUGAUUGUGAAGUCAUUAGCAAUUAUUCACAUGACUAUGCUUUAGAGGUGAAAUUCAUUCUAUCUUUUCUAUCUAGACUGGUUUGCGGUAUUUAGCAACAAAAAAUUAAUUAUCAAUCUGCCUUGUAGUAGUAAAGUGCAUAUCAAAUAUUAUUCUUUCUUGUAUGACUCAAGUUAUCUUUCGUUCCGUUGAAGAAAUGCUUAGAUUUUGGUUUAUUCAGUUCUACGAUGUGCAACAUAUUUGAUUCGAAAUCGACAUGCUGAUGUAGCUAUAACAUACUACUAUGUUAAGCAAAUGUUAGAUAGUUGAUUAUAGUUGCCUACAAUGUGAAUAGUGAACGUUCAGAUGCUGGAGGAGAAAAUGUGCAUUAAAAGACUUAAAUAUACAACAUACUAUUUACUUUCAGUUUGGCAUUAUAGAUGAUACACGACUUUGAUUCUUAUUCCGUAUCUUUCCAAACAGCUAUUUUGAGAAUUUAUUCUAGUGAAACGUCAGUUAUUCAAACAUUACAAUCUUACCAUCCAAUAAUUCAUGUACAGAAACAUACGAAAUUCUUUAUUGGAUCAUUUAGUUUAAUAAAUCCAUUGACUAUCUUAAUCCACGACAUGAAUAUAUCAGUAUCAUUAUUGAAUGGCCAACAAAAUCUUCAAUUAGAGUAGCACUCAUUGUUUCAGCAGAUAUUCAACAUAGUUUACUAAACGCUCGACGUUGUGAAAAUUUCGAUGACUAUUGGCAACAAGUUGAUUGA